CUCUCUGUCUAUCUAAUCUCUCUCUCUCACACUCUCUCUCUCACUCUCACUCUCACUCAGUCCAACCAUGGCUUCACUAAGCAGCAGGACUCUAAUCCUCCUCACUCUCCUGUCCCUGGCCGCCACAAUCCAAUCCCACAACAUCACCGACAUUCUCUCCGCCUUCCCGGACUACUCCCUCUACAACAGCUACCUCACCCAAACACGCCUCGCCGACGAAAUCAACACCCACCAAACAAUCACCGUCCUCGUUUUCAACAACGCCGCCAUCUCCGCCCUUGCCGCCAAACACCCCCUCUCCGUCAUCAAAAACGCCCUCAGCCUCCACGUCCUCCUCGACUACUACGACGCCCCGAAACUCCACAAAAUCUCCGAUGGCUCCGUCCUCACCACCACUCUCUACCAGACCACCGGCCACGCCCCCGGUAAUCUCGGCUUCGUCAACAUCACCGAUCUCCAAGGCGGCAAGGUCGGCUUCGGCUCCGCCGCUCCCGGCUCCAAGCUCGACUCCAGCUACACCAAAUCCGUCAAGCAAAUCCCCUACAACAUCUCUGUUUUGGAGAUCUCCGCUCCGGUCAUCGCCCCCGGGAUUCUGACCGCGCCGGCGCCGUCUGCCUCCGACACCAACAUCACCCUGCUGGAGAAAGCCGGCGCGAAGAAGUUCGCGUCGCUGAUCGUUUCCACCGGCGUCAUCAAGACGUACCAAUCGGCGGCGGACAAGGGACUGACGAUUUUCGCGCCAAACGAUGAGGCGUUUAAGGCGAAGGGCGUCCCCGAUCUGAGCAAGCUUACCAAUGCCGAGCUCGUCUCCAUCUUACAGUACCACGCCAUUGCCGGUUACUCUCCGAUCGGGUCUCUUAAGACCUCCAAGGCUCCAAUCAGCACUCUCGCGACGAACGGAGCCGGAAAGUACGAUCUCACAGUAACCACUGCCGGCGACCAGGUCACUCUCCACACCGGAGUCGGCUCGUCCCGAGUCGCCGACACGGUUCUGGACGCGACUCCCGUCGCCAUCUUCACCGUCGACAAUGUGCUGCUUCCAUCAGAGCUCUUCGGCAAGUCUCCUUCGCCGGCGCCGGGCCCUGCCCCGGUAUCCGCCCCUUCCCCGGCGCCGGUACUCGCUCCGGGACCGGCCUCAGUAGAAGCGCCGUCGCCUCUGGCCGCAUCUCCGCCUGCGCCGCCUUCCGAGACGCCGGGGGGAGCUCCCGCGGACUCUCCGUCGGCUGAGUCGGCGAACAGCACCUCGGGGAACGGAGCUGGUCACGUGGCCUCACCUGCAUUGCUGAUGACCGUACUUGUCACUCUCUCGGCUGCUGCUAUUUCCUCUAUUGUCUUGUCCUGAACGGUAAUUUUAUGUCAGUUUUAAUUUAUUUUAUCUUUAAUUUUUUGGUUGUUUGUACUUUGUAGUACUUUCAGGUAUCAUUGUUACUAUUUUAUUUUAUUUUAUUUUGUUUACUCCGCUGUUAAAGAGACCAGAGUGGUUUUUAUCUGUUAAUUUUUAUUUAUUACUUUACCUUUUUAAUUUAUUUUAUUUUUUUAAUUU